CGGUAGAGGACUGUGGAGAAGGAAAGUUUAUCACCAGCAGCGCCAGGAUGGACUUCCCUGCUACCCAACCAAAACCUGCUGCCGAUGGUAAAAUCAUCUACUAUCCUCCUGGAGUGAAGGAGAUUACCGACAAAAUUACCAACGAUGAGGUAGUUAAACGGUUAAAGAUGGUGGUAAAAACCUUCAUGGAUAUGGACCAGGACUCAGAAGAUGAGAAGCAGCAGUAUCUCCCAUUAGCCUUGCACCUUGCAUCUGAAUUCUUCCUCAGGAAUCCCAAUAAAGAUGUGCGCCUCCUCGUAGCAUGUUGCUUGGCUGAUAUCUUUCGUAUCUAUGCUCCUGAAGCUCCAUAUACUUCCCAUGACAAACUUAAGGACAUAUUCUUGUUUAUUACAAGACAAUUAAAAGGCUUGGAGGACACGAAGAGCCCUCAAUUUAACAGAUACUUUUACUUGUUAGAGAAUUUAGCUUGGGUUAAAUCUUACAACAUCUGCUUUGAGUUGGAAGAUUGCAAUGAAAUUUUUAUUCAGCUUUUUAGGACUCUUUUUUCAGUUAUCAAUAAUAGCCACAACCAGAAGGUACAAAUGCAUAUGCUGGAUUUGAUGAGUUCUAUCAUCAUGGAAGGCGAUGGAGUAACUCAGGAGCUGCUGGACUCCAUUUUGAUUAACCUCAUUCCUGCACACAAGAACCUUAAUAAACAAGCAUUUGAUCUUGCAAAAGUCCUGUUGAAAAGGACCGUCCAGACCAUUGAACCGUGUAUUGCCAAUUUUUUUAACCAGGUUCUGGUACUGGGAAAGUCUUCAGUAAGUGACUUAUCAGAACAUGUGUUUGACUUGAUACAAGAGCUUUUUGCCAUAGAUCCUCACUUACUGCUGUCUGUCAUGCCACAGCUUGAAUUCAAGCUGAAGAGCAAUGAUGGAGAAGAACGUUUGGCUGUUGUUCGACUUCUGGCUAAACUCUUUGGCUCCAAAGAUUCUGAUCUGGCCACACAAAAUCGUCCUCUCUGGCAGUGCUUUCUUGGGCGGUUCAAUGAUAUCCAUGUCCCUGUGAGAUUAGAGAGUGUGAAAUUCGCCAGUCAUUGUUUAAUGAACCAUCCAGACUUAGCAAAAGACCUCACUGAAUAUUUGAAGGUUAGAUCACAUGACCCAGAAGAAGCCAUUCGACAUGACGUUAUUGUUACAAUUAUUACUGCGGGCAAGAGAGAUCUUUCUUUAGUCAAUGACCAGCUGCUUGGCUUUGUAAGGGAAAGAACGCUAGACAAACGGUGGCGAGUAAGAAAAGAAGCUAUGAUGGGUCUUGCCCAGCUAUACAAGAAGUAUUGUCUUCAUGCCGAGGCUGGAAAAGAUGCUGCAGAGAAAGUGAGCUGGAUAAAGGACAAACUUUUGCACAUAUAUUAUCAAAAUAGCAUUGAUGACAAAUUACUGGUAGAGAAAAUCUUUGCUCAGUAUCUCGUUCCACACAAUUUGGAAACAGAAGAGCGAAUGAAGUGCUUGUACUAUUUGUAUGCCAGCUUGGAUCCAAAUGCUGUCAAAGCACUGAAUGAGAUGUGGAAGUGCCAGAACAUGCUAAGGAGUCACGUACGAGAAUUACUAGACUUGCAUAAGCAGCCCACUUCAGAAGCAAACAGCGCUGCCAUGUUUGGAAAGCUGAUGACCAUAGCAAAAAAUCUUCCAGAUCCUGGAAAAGCACAAGAUUUUGUGAAGAAAUUCAAUCAGGUUCUGGGUGAUGAUGAGAAACUUCGGUCUCAGCUUGAGCUGUUAAUAAGCCCUACAUGUUCUUGUAAACAGGCAGAUGUCUGUGUGAGGGAGAUAGCCCGGAAACUUGCAAAUCCUAAGCAGCCAACAAAUCCUUUUCUGGAAAUGGUUAAAUUUCUUCUAGAAAGAAUUGCCCCUGUACAUAUUGACUCAGAAGCCAUUAGUGCACUAGUAAAACUAAUGAAUAAAUCCAUAGAGGGGACAGCUGAUGAUGAAGAGGAGGGUGUAAGUCCUGAUACUGCUAUUCGUGCAGGACUUGAACUUCUCAAGGUUCUGUCCUUUACACAUCCUACCUCGUUCCACUCUGCAGAGACCUAUGAGUCUCUGCUGCAGUGCCUCAGGAUGGAAGAUGACAAGGUAGCUGAGGCAGCCAUACAGAUCUUCAGAAACACGGGUCACAAAAUAGAAACAGACCUGCCACAGAUACGAUCAACACUAAUUCCGAUUUUGCAUCAGAAAGCAAAAAGAGGGACUCCUCAUCAGGCAAAACAAGCUGUUCACUGUAUACAUGCCAUAUUUUCAAAUAAAGAAGUGCAACUUGCACAGAUCUUUGAGCCUCUUAGUAGAAGUUUGAAUGCUGAUGUACCAGAACAACUUAUAACUCCAUUAGUCUCAUUGGGUCAUAUUUCUAUGUUGGCUCCAGACCAGUUUGCUUCUCCAAUGAAAUCUGUUGUUGCAAAUUUCAUUGUGAAAGAUCUCCUAAUGAAUGACAGGUCAACAGGUGAGAAAAAUGGAAAAUUGUGGUCUCCAGAUGAAGAAGUUUCUCCAGAAGUACUGGCAAAGGUGCAAGCAAUUAAACUUUUGGUACGCUGGCUGUUGGGUAUGAAAAACAACCAGUCGAAAUCCGCCAAUUCCACACUCCGGUUAUUGUCAGCGAUGCUUGUCAGUGAAGGAGACUUGACAGAACAGAAGCGAAUCAGUAAAUCGGAUAUGUCUCGACUGCGAUUAGCUGCUGGUAGUGCAAUAAUGAAGCUUGCACAGGAACCCUGUUACCAUGAAAUAAUUACCCCAGAACAGUUCCAGCUCUGUGCACUUGUCAUUAAUGAUGAGUGCUACCAAGUGAGGCAGAUAUUUGCCCAGAAACUGCAUAAGGCACUUGUGAAGUUACUGCUCCCUUUGGAAUAUAUGGCAAUCUUUGCUUUGUGUGCCAAAGACCCUGUGAAAGAGCGAAGAGCACAUGCCAGACAGUGCUUGCUCAAAAACAUCAGUAUACGAAGAGAAUAUAUUAAGCAGAAUCCUAUGGCUAACGAAAAGUUGCUAUCCUUGCUGCCUGAAUAUGUGGUACCAUAUAUGAUUCACUUACUGGCACAUGAUCCAGAUUUCACAAAACCUCAGGAUGUUGAUCAGCUUCGUGAUGUCAAAGAGUGCCUGUGGUUCAUGCUGGAAGUUUUAAUGACCAAGAAUGAGAACAAUAGCCAUGCCUUCAUGAAAAAGAUGGCAGAAAAUAUCAAGCUUACCCGAGACGCUCAGUCUCCUGAUGAGCCAAAGGCCAAUGAAAAACUUUAUACAGUAUGUGACGUAGCACUAUGUGUAAUCAACAGCAAAAGUGCUUUGUGCAAUGCAGAUUCACCAAAGGACCCUGUAUUGCCAACCAAAUUUUUUACACAACCUGAAAAGGAUUUCUGCAAUGACAGGAAUUACAUUUCAGAAGAGACAAGGGUUCUUCUUUUGACAGGAAAGCCAAAACCAACUGCUGUAUUAGGCACAGUAAACAAACCAUUAUCUGCAACUGGAAGGAGACCGUAUAUUAGAACUACAGGAUCAGAGACUGGAAGCAAUAUCAGUGUAAACUCCGAGCUGAGCUCUUCUGCAGGAAACAGAUCAAGGGAACAAAGUUCGGAUAUAUCAGAAACUGGGGUCAGUGAAAAUGAUGAAAAUCCUGUGAGGAUUAUUUCAGUCACACCAGCAAAGACAGAACCUGUGAAAAACAAGGAGAUUAAUUCUGAUCAGGCUACACAAGGCAACAGCACUGAACGUGGGAAAAAAAGAACAGCAACAGCAUCUGGAACAGAGAAUAUUCAUCAAAAACCAGAAGAAAAAAAUGUAGAUGAAACAGGACCAUCACUCGCAGCAAAAACCAGGAGAGGGCGUCCACCCAAACCUGAACCUCAGGGCACCACUGCAAAAAAUGAGGAAACAAACAAGCCACCUGUCAGGGGAAGGAAAAGGGCAGCAGUCAGUCAAGAAAGUCCAGGGAGUUUAGAGGCAGGUAAUGCCAAAGCACCAAAACAGCAAGACACAGCAAAAAAGCCAGCAGCAGCACAGAGACAAAUUGAUCUACAAAGGUAAAAAGAAAACUCGCUCGAAAAGGGAGGAAAUGAAGGCCAAAUAAAGGCAUGCUCCAAGCUUCUGCAAAAACUAGGAUUCAGAAAUUUCCUGUACAGGAACUGAAAUUACUUCAAAACACACAGCUUUCAGCUCUGAAACCAGAAGGAAAACUAUGCUUCCCUUUCACAUGAAAUUAAUCCAAUGGAAAUGUAAAGCAGAAACUCUUGAGAAAGAGGCUAAAAGCAUCUGUACUUAUUUCCCCAGAGACUUUUUUUAUGAAAAGUCAAUAAUUAAGCAAAUUGCUUAACACUUGGUUCCAGUUCCUGCAUUCUGGAGUUUAAAAGUGUAUUUACACCAUUAAUUUUCAUGCUGCAUUUUUUUUUUUUAAAGAAAGUCAAAGGAGGUCCUUACACUGACAUUGAAAAUUCAUGAUCCUAGAGCCAGGUAUUCCCAUGUUUCACAGAAAAAGUAGAAGUCUACUGAAUGGAUUUUAAACAAGACUAGAGGAAAAAAAAAAUAACAAAAUUUUUUUUGCUUUACUUUUGGAGACUGUUUUAUGUAUAAUUCUUUCUGCCUGCCUACUUUUCUGCAAAAAUAAGAUGUACAGAUUUCAGUUCCCUGCUAUGAAAAGUCAUGUGGUGGCAAUUUUAUAAAUGUUGCUUUCUGAUUUUUAUCAGAGUGGGAAAGUAAUCACUUAAAAUUAUUAUUAAUUCGCAAGUAGACAUUUCAUUUUUUAAUUUUCCCUCCAUUUUAGUUUAAUAUAAUUUGCAAUAAAUGUACAUAUUGAUGUUUGUUUUAUAAAAACAUAUAUCACUUUUAAGUGUUUUUACUCCUACGGUUCUGUUGGAAUAUUCUAAAUUUUAAAGGAGUAAAGACAGUCCAGCAUUUGAUUUUAUAAUGUUUGUCACCAGAUUUUUAUUAUUGAUGUAAAGAAAAAAAAAUCAAUUUUUAAAAAUAGUUGGACUUUGGCAGCUUUGUAAGGAAAGUUGGAAAUGUUUAGGAUUGCUCUCAAUUUUAAGCAUUGUGCUGAUUGGAAGUAAGUCUGUUUUGCAUUUUGUCUUCCUGUCCAGGCUCAUUUUUUAAUGUUUAUUUUAGAAGAUUGUUGCAUCAAUAUUAUGUUUCCUGGCAUUGUUCAGCAUAGAUACAGUGUACACUUUUAUGUACACAUGAUCAUAUUUAAGUUUGUUGCAUAAAAUAAACGCUUUUAGGUGUCA